CGGCAAACCAUUCACUUUCACUCAUUCUCCAUUCCCAUCCCCCUUUCUCACUCGCGUUUUGUUGAAAAUGGAUCUGAACUGUAUUCUGGGAAUGGGUUUCAUUCGUCUGUGACAGGGAGAGAGAAGGGGGGUAGCGAGUAGACAGACGUGUGCGUUUGAGAGAAAGGGAGUGCGAUUGUACGAACAAGCAAGAAACCCGCUUUCAAAAAUGGCGUCUUUACAACAAAAUGACUGAAAAUAUAUCCCAAAUCGAGGCCCAUAUCUCUCCAACACGAAGGCUCGGUAUCCAGAUUCGCUGCGACUCUUCAUCGUGUUGUUUGAAAGAGAAGUGAAAAGGAACGCGAAGACACCUAAUCAAGCCUUAUUUCGAUGCAUCGCUACAACCUUUAACUAAGUGAUGGGAUGUACGAUGCAAUCGCAUUUUCGGGAAUUAAAGCUAGAUAAUGCAGAAAUAAAGCAAAUGUUAGCUGACUAAGAGCUAGCUGCAACCUGCACGCUUGUUAAUUUAAACAAAGACGUUUCCAACGCGUAAUUGCUCUCCACAUACAGGCAUGAUAGCUAUCUGGCUACAUAGCCGCUAAUGAUGAACAACUACUGCCUCCUCUGCAAUAGGGACAAUAGGCAUUGAAAUAAAUACGUGAGCGAGAGGGGAAGGAAGGAAGAAACUGGAUUUUUUUGGUGGUGGUUGGUGUGGACCCCCCUCCCCUUCAACCCCCUCCUUCCCUCUCUAUCCUCCAUCUCCCCCUCCUCCUUCUCCUCCCCUCCAUUUCUCUCCCCAUCUAUGCUGUUUCCCAUUCUUGAAGACUUGCUUGUGAAACGGGAGAAAUAGACACUGAACAGAGGAAAACACACGGGGAGUAACUGUGUGUUAUAAUUUAGAAUAUUUCCUCCCCUUCCCCCCACUAUCUCUCCAUCUUCAUCCCUCGUUUUUUUCUUUAAUGGAUAGAAAUUAUCCUGGUACAGGAUUUGGUGAUUUGGGCGCAGGAACGGGAUGGAGUUAUGAGAGGUCGGCGAAGGCAAGUCUGGUGUACGGGAGCUCCAGGUCAUCCCAUCCAGACUCUGAGCUUCUCCACCGCCAAGCAUAUGCCACGCCCCACCCCCUGCAGGGCUACGCGACCAAUCACCAUCCCGGUAGCUCCGGGCAGGGCGGGGCCUGGGGGGCGGCUGGGCGGAGCUUGGGGCUGUCCGGCCUGUUCGACACCGGCCUGCACCAUGCCAGCCCCUCGGGGCCGGACGCUUCCGUGAUGAACCUCAUUUCGGCCCUGGAGUCCCGGGGCCCCCAGCCGCCCCCCUCCGCCUCCUCCCUCCUCUCCCAGUUCCGCACCCCCUCGUGGCAGGCAGCCAUGCACACCCCUGCCCCUGCAGAGCUGUUCAUUUCUGGAGCCCUUCCUGGGUCGGGCAGCUUCACCUCCUCCUCCGCGCUCUCCGCCUACCAGCACCCCGCCUCAUUUUCGGGGCGCUCCUUUCCCGGGGUCACCUCCUCGCUCUCCCUUCAGGACACGCCUACAUUCAGCCCCACGUCCAAUGGCCUGCUGUCCCCCCACGACCCCCUCCUGCACAUCAAAACGCCGUCCCAGUCCAGCCUCGGCUUUGACCGCCUGCUGUCCUCGCAGGGCGCCUACAGGGGGGGUCAGGACCCGUCUCUGGGCCCCCCCCAGGCCUCCUCCGGCCCCUCGUCCCGCCACCUGCCCCCUCCCCAGUUCAACCUGCUCUCCUCGCAGCUCCAGGAGCAGCCCUCGCAGCUGUACAACGCCUCCGUGUUCUCCUCCGCCCCCGCCCCGCCCCAGCCGCCCCCCCAGGAGAGGGCCGUCCCCAGACAGGACAGCGUGAUCAAGCACUACCAGCGCCCCUCCGCCUCCCAAUCCCAGCUGGCCUCUUCCGCCCCCCACUCGCUGCAGCACUACCUGAGCUGCGGGGCGUCCGGGUACCAGCAGAUCGGCCCCCACCACCGGCACGCGGGGCUUCCCUGCAGCCCCCUUGGUGAUCAGAGCCCCUCCUCAGACCCCAAGCCCUCCCCCAGGUCCGAGCAGGUGUACCGGCCCAUAAUCCAGCCUCCCUACACCCCCUCCACCUCCUCGUCCUCGUCCGGAGGCGCCGGGAAGGGGACCAAGAGCAACUCCAGCAGUGGCUACUCCUCCUCCGGGUCGGGUUCCUCGUCCCGCACCCCCCACACGCCCCCCUCCGCCUCGUCCGCGUCUUCGUCCUCCUCUUCCUCAUCCUCGUCCUCCAGCGCCAACCCCACCUCCUCCAACUCCAGCGCCCCGCCCUCCCGGCAGCAGCCCCCACCCCAGUCUGCGGCUCCUCCCCCACCUCCGCCGCCUCCGCCGCUGCCCCCCGCCUCUUCCUCCUCUGCCCAGCCACCCCCUCCCAAAUCCUGCAUGUCUGGGUACGGGUCACCCGUUGCCCCGGUAAAGGCGUCCUCUACCCUUUCGGGUCAGACUCCCCCCCAGCAGCAGGCCCAGUCGUACUCGCCCGGCCAGCCCCCCCCCUCCCACCUGUCCCAGCCAUACGGUGGGUUUAGUUCCCCCCAGGCCCAAGACCUGAGCUCAGGAGGGGGCACGGGGGGUGCUGGGAAAGGGUACGGGAGUUUAGGGGCUGGGGGGCGGUCGUUCUCGGCAGAAGUGGUGUACGGGGCAGAUUCGGGGUACGGCCAGCUCCCGCCGUCCCUCGGGGGAGCCGGAAGCCCUUCGCUGGGCGGCUAUGGUGGGCCUGGACACUCCCCCGCCCUUUUAGGGUCAGGAGGGGGCGGAGCCUCGGGUGGAGGCAGCACGAGUUCCAGCGCAGGAGGAGGUGGGGGUGGGGCAUCGGGAGGAGGGGGAGGCGGCAGCGUUGGGAGCGGAGGAGGGGGCAGCUCUUACCACCUCCCAGACUCCAGCCCCUCCCCCUCGGGGAACUCCGGGAUCAUCCGCCCCGGGCUGCACUCCCCCGCUCCUGUCCGCCCCGCCCAGUCCCCCGGAGGGGGCGGGGGAAGCAAGUACCUGUCCUCCGUCCUAUCCCCUGCCUUCCUUUCCUCCCCGCAGGGCUACCCUGACACCCGAGGCCCACCCCAGCCGUACCACCCUGGGCCCUCCAAAGCCAAGCCCGAUCCCGACAUGCUGGGGGUGGAGAGGUCGCAGGACGACGAAGACGACGACGACGACUUUCUGAUCCAGCACCUCUUGCAGGCCCAGAGCCCUGCGCCCCACCCCUCCCAGCACCACCCUCCCCCGCAGCCCCCCCAGCCCCCGCCCCUCUCUCAAGCUCCGGAUGCUAGCAAGGGGAUAGGCUACGAGAUGGGCAAGUCCCCUGAGGAGAGGUACCACCUCCAGAGCGUCAUCCGCACCAACAGCGCCACCACCAGCGCCGGAGGGGUGUCGGCAGGCGGAGGGGCCGACGGCCUAGACGGCCAGCUGGAGAUGUCCAUAAAGAAGCAGCAAGCGAAAAAUGAGAGGGGCGGGACCGUGGGAGCUGGAGGCGGAGGCGGCGGAGGAGGGAGAGGAGGUGCAGACCAGCCGCACCCCCACCCUCACCCCCACCCGCACCAUCAGCACGACUCCCUUGGCUCCGUGGUGCACUACAGUCGAACGGACCCCUAUUCCCAACACCCCCUCCCGCCCCACCAUCCUUCACACCACCAACACCCCCACCCUCACCCCCACUCCCACCCUCACAUGGAACUGAAAAAGGCCCAAGAUCCACAGGAUCUGCCCUACCUGCGCAAGACGCCCCCCGACCUGCAGCAGCAGCAGCAGCGGCCGUCUCAAGCCAACCUGUCCCUGGUCGACUCCCCACCAGACCAACCCCAGAUGCUCCAGUCUGUCCUCUCCCACACCACGCGCAACAAGAUGGAGUCUCAGGCGAGGCAGCAGCACCCUCUGAGCCAGCAGGCCAUGCUGGGGGGCGGGGCCGGGGGGAGCGCGGGCGCGGCGGCAGGGGAAAACCCGCCCCCGUCCUCCCAGCUGCAGCUGCAGCUCCAGUCCCAGGGUUUGGAGGCCCACUAUGGCCGCGGGCCCCAGCGGGAUCAGAACCAGCCUGGCCAGAACUCGGUGUCCCCCCUGGACAUGCUUGGGCGCUCCCUCUCGCAGACCUCCAGCAGGGAGGCAGGCGGAGGUUCAGAGAGAGGCGGAGGAGGAGGAGGAGGAGGAGGAGGAGACGGGGGUGGUGGCGACAGACACAGGCAGCAGCACAGGCUUCCGCCGCACCAUCACCAGCCUCACCAUGCCCCUCACGCCGCCUCCGAGCUGCACGACUUCCUCUCUGAGCCAGACUUGGGUCUUUCAACCCCGUCGCACUUACACCACCUGGGGCCUAGCCACCACCCACACCCACACCAACACUCUCACCACCAGCACCCCCACGCUCACCACCACUCCCACCCGCACCACAUGCCCACCAACUCCGGACCGCCUCAGCAGCAGCAGCCUCAGCAGCAGAGGGAGCAGGACCCCCAGAUGUCACAGUCCCAGCUGGACCAGCUCAAAGAGCACCAGUACGACACUCAGAGCCCUGUGGGGAAGGGCACCCAGAGCCAGCAGCAGAGGUUUGUCCCCCUUACCUCCAUCUGCUUCCCCGACUCCCUCCUGCCAGACGAGGACCGCUCCUUCUUCCCUGGAAUGGAGGACAUGUUCUGCUCGGAGGACUACAAGUCCAGCUGUGGCGGAGGAGGAGGAGGGGCGACCCAGACGGGGCCGGAAGGGGUCUCGGAUGUUCGACGGGGGCAGGAGGGCAUGGAGGGGGUUAAAAACCCUGGAGGAAAUGACGGCAGCUAUGACAUGCUGGGCCACCAUGGCGACCAAGGGUAUGGGCAGUACUGCCAUGGCCUGUCAGAGUCUGGCAACGGUGCCAUACACCUGGACCUGGACUCCCUGAAGACUCACGAGCUCCCCUCCACCGUCAACACGGAACAGCUUGGCCUGAUCCAAUCCCAGGCACCCGGCAUGGUGAUGGCGGGGGCUGGGGGAGGCGGUAGCGACAGCUCUGGCAACAAGAUGCUGGGAGGGGCCGGUGUGGGAGGAGGAGCCAGCACCGGAGGGCUGACCUCUCCUAUCUUCUGCUCCUCCCGGCCCAAGAAGCUCCUGAAGUCCAGCUCCUUCCACCUCCUCAAGCAGCCCCGUGACCCCAACUCUCUCCCCAAAAAAAACUAUGCACAGGAGUACGAGUUUGAGGAUGACGAGGACAAGGCGGAUGUCCCGGCCGACAUCCGGCUGAACAGCAGGAGGCUCCCGGACCUGCUCCCAGACCUGGUGUCCAGCUGCAGGAAGUCAGGAGGGGGAAUGAGCCCCCUGAUGGGCGAUCUGGAUUUCUGCCACACCUCUCAGUACCCCUCCUUAGGCCCACCCCCCCAGUUGGUGCCCCAGGACGGUCCUAAGAAGAGGGGCAGGAAACCCACCAGGCCAAAAAGAGAAGGACCCCCAAGGCCUAGGGGCAGACCUCGGAUUCGCCCCUUACCCGAGCCCCCGCACUGCAGGGGCAUGAUGGGAUUUGGAGGCGAGAGCCGGAGGGGCAGGGGGAGAGGCCGAGGGAGGGGCAGGAAGGACGACGGGAUGCUUGGCAUGCACACAGCUGCAGAGGGCAAUAAAGGGCAGCACCCACCGCUUCAACAGCACCAUCAGCUUCAGCAAUAUCAGGAGCCCAUCAGACCCAUCAAGAUUAAACUCCCCAUCCCCUCUGCGGUUCCCUCCGACCCCCUCCUGAGGACCGAUUCCUUGUCCAGCACCGACCCGGUUCUCUCGGAUGGCUCGGUUGGAUCGGCCCCUUCCUUGGGCUUGAGCCCUGGACCCACGGGCGGCCUGGACAUGAACAGGAACCAGGAGAAGUUCAAGCAGAAAGGACCGGAGGAGGAGAAGCAGGCGGAGAUGAAGUCGGGGUUCAUGGCCUCGUUCCUGGACUUCCUCAAAUCCGGAAAGAGGCAGAACCCCCCCGGGGCGGGGAUGGAGGCGGGGGCGGGGGGCGGGGCCGGGGACGGCAGCUCCUCCCCCAUCAAGGGCGGGAUCCGUCCCUUGUCCCCGCCCCCUCCCCCGCCCCCGCCCCCCCCGUUCGGGGACGGCGACGGGGACGGGGGGCUGGCCCUCAGCAACUGCCCCAGCCCCUGCAAGCGCCUGGACGAGGAGCUGAAGAGGAACCUGGAGACCCUGCCCUCCUUCUCCUCGGACGAGGAGGACUCCGUCAGCAAGAACCAGGACCUGCAGAAGAGCAUCUCCUCCGCCAUCUCCGCCCUCUACGACACGCCGCAGGUCCUGGCCCCGCCCCCGCCUCCGCCCCCACCCCCGCCUCCGCCCCUGCUGGACCCCGCCCCGACCACCCAGCAGGCCCCGCCCCUCAGCCCCCCGCCCGCCCCACCCGUCCGCUCGCCCACCCCCGAGCCCGAGGAGCCGGAGAGGGGGGAGGAGAGGGAAGAAGAGCGGGAGGAAGAGGAGGAAGGAAGGGCGGAGGAAGAAGAGGAGGCACAGAAGGAAGAAGAGGUACGGCGGGAGAUGGAGGACUGCGAAGAAAGGAGGGUUACCGAAGAGGAGGAGGAGGAGGAGGAGGAGGAGGAGAAGGAAUCGGAGAUGGAAAUCCUGUGUGUGCCAAAGGUUGACGAUUCCCCAUCUGAGCCCCCUCCAGCCCCAGUUCCCCCCUCCCCUCCAUCUCUCUCCCCCUCUCCCACUCCUUCUUCCUCUCCGUCCCCGUCCCCCCUCCCUCCGCCCCCCCUCUCCCUGCCGUCGCCCCUCCCCCUGCAGGGCGAACAGCCCGACCAGCCGCCGUCCCAGCCCGCCAGCCCCCCCCCUCCGUCCCUCCCCUCUCCCUCCCCUUCCCCCUUCCCCCGCUCUCCCCCCGUCCGCCACCCUCCGCCGUCCCCGUCCCCCCCGGCCGACCCCGAGGGCUCUCAGCCCUCGCCCCUGUCGCCCCCCACCCCGGAGGAUGCCCCCCCGCCGCAGCUGACCUCGCUGCACCUGGCCAAAAAACAGCGGGGCGCGGCCAUCGCGGGGGAGAGCGAGGAGGAGGACAGCGAGAGCGGGGGGGAGGGCAUAUUCCGCGAGAGGGACGAGUUUGUGGUGCGCACCGAGGACAUCGGGACCCUCAAGCUGGCCCUGCAGACGGGACGGGAGCCGCCCCCCAUCUGGAGGGUGCAGAAGGCCCUGCUGCAGAAGUUCUCCCCCGAAAUCAAGGACGGACAGCGACAGUUCUGCGCCACCAGCAACUACCUGGGUUACUUUGGCGACGCCAAGACGCGCUACCAGCGUCUGUACGUCAAGUUCCUGGAGAACGUCAACAAGAAGGACUACGUGAGGGUGUGCUCCCGAAAACCCUGGCACAGACCGGCCCUCGCUCUGAGGCGUCAGUCCCUUCGCAAGCCCACGCCCCUUCCUCACACCCAGACCCCUCCACGGGUCGAGAGGGAGGAUAAGGAGAGGGAGCAGAGGGAGAAAGAACAGAGGGAGAAGGAGAAGGAGAAAGAGAGGGAGAUGGAAAAGGAGAAAGAGAGGGAGAGGGAGAAACUGAAGGAGAAAGAGAAGGAAAGAGAGAAUGAAAAGGAGAAGAAGCUGCAGUCGUCUCAGGAGAAAACAGAAAAGCGAGGAGGUGUGGAGAGAGGGAGAGGAAAAGAGGAAAAGAGAGGAGGAGGAGAGAGGAAGGUAGAGCGCCCCACGAGGGCGAGGCCCGUGAAGAUGAAGGCCGAGCCUCCGCCCAAAAAGAGGAAGAAAUGGCUGAAGGAGGUUCCCUCCUCCUCAGAGUCCUCCCCUGACCCCGACCCCCCCAGCGAGGACGACGCAGUGUCGGUGAGGGGAGGGGUGAACAUUCGGGCUAUGAGGGAGCUCUUCCGCAGCUACGUGGAGAUGCUGGUCAGCACCGCGCUGGACCCGGACAUGAUCCAGGCGCUGGAGGACACGCACGAUGAGCUGUAUCUGCCCCCCAUGAGGAAGAUCGACGGCAUUCUCAACGAGCAGAAGAGGAGAUUACUGAGGAGGGCUAACAUGAGCUCUCAGCACCAGGAAGCUCUGCACUCCUUCCCCCAGAUGACUGCUGAUCCCCUGGAGACAGGGGCGGUGAAGGUGCGGCUGUGUGGGGAGGGGUACAACCGCAAAACGCUGAACCGGAUAAAAAAGACCACGCCCAAGCCGCAGGACCUGAAGCUGUCAACUGAAACCUGUCGAAUCUACAGUCUUUAUCACUCUCUCCACCAUUACAAAUAUCACACCUUCCUGCACUGUAAGAGAGAGACGGACAGCAUUGAGCAGGCAGCGGAGGACCCAGGGCAGGAGGAGGUGGUGCAGCAGUGCAUGGCCAACCAGGGCUGGCUGGAGACGCUCUUCAACUCCUUCAUCGAGCUCCUCAGUCUCAGCGCCAAGGCCUGAGGGAGGAAGAGGAGGAGAGGGGGACGGACGCGCGCUCGGCGGGCUCGCGGGAGCGCGCCGGGGCACGGAGACCAGAGCGGGCCGGCAGUGCAUUCUGGGUAACGAUCGACACCGGCCCAGCCGCCGGCGCGGGCCUCUCUCUCCGGGGGGCGGCCGAGGUAACGGAGGGCCCCCAGGCAGGAAGCGGCCGUUACGAACUACGGAACAAAAUGGGGGCGCGUCGGAUGGGGGCACGGGGGGGGGGGGGGGGGGACCCCGACCUCACCCGAACCGGAGUGAGGAAGAGGACACGAGCGGGUGUGGUACACAGACGCCCAUAUUCGGGCGCGCUGGGCGGGGGCUCUGUUCAGGACGGGUUUCGGUUUGGCUUUCGUUUGGAGGAGGACGGCUGUAACUGUCAUUUUAAAGGAAUGGGAUGGGUGGGGGUGGGGUGGGGUGGGGUGGGGGGGUGGGAGGACACGGUGUGAAUGUGACUGCACUCCUGUGACGUACGGGGACUGUGAGUGAGUAGGACAUUUCUGUAGAGGACCUGAAUUUAACGGUACAGGGCGGUGUCAGCUUGCUUUCGAUCUGUUUCACAUUGCCUCAUGUGGGACGUAUCUGUACAUACCUAAAUAAAUAAUUGUGAUUAUUUAUACAAGGACAUUUUUAAUGAGUACCCUCCCAAAUAUGGGAUAAUUUGCUAUUAUUAUUUUAAAUAAUAAUAUUUUGUUAGGGUAUAAACGAAAUGAACUUGGCUUCCCUUCCCCCUUCUCGUCCCCCUCGCUCGAAGGAAGGAAGGGGCAAGAUGAUGAUGAUGAAAACACGAUGUCUUUUUUUUGUGCGCUUAAAAAAAAAAAAAAAAAAAAAAAGGAAGGAAAAAAUUGUAUUUGGAAAUUAAACAAUGAAGUGUAACGUUAGUCUUUCUGUUUGUUCUUCAAAAGACGACGGGAGAAAGGAAAGAGGGAGAGGUUGAGUUAGCUACGUGUGUUUUUGUUGCUUUCUGAAAGAGAGCAGGGAGAGCUAGUGAGCUGUAAUGAUUUAAAAAAAACGUGUUUACCGUUCGUUGUUUUUUAUCUGUAUGUUGUUUAUUAUAAUUAUUAUUUUUGGAGCUACCUGUUUGUUUAUUCUCUUGCAAUUUUUUUUUUUUUUUUGGUGUGUACUGUAUAUAUUGUACAGUUCUCAACUCUCGAAUUCCCAGUUCCUCUGUACAUUAAUUACCUGUAUUUGACAAAAGCAAAUAAAAAAACAAAACUUAAAGGGAAUACCGAUGGAAAAAACUAAAA